AUGAAGGCGCUCUCGCUCCUCCCUCGCCUCCGCCUCACGACGCGGGGGGGGGGGGGGGGGCAGGCGGGAACGGGGCGUGGCCUGGCGGUGCCGGCCCGCGCUGAUUGGCUGCGUCAGGGGAUGCGUCACGGCGUGCGGCGCGCGGUGUGGCCGCUGUGGGCGCGCGCGGCGGGGCGCGGGGUCCGGCCCCGCGGGGACAUGGCCGAGCCGGGACCCGGCCCCAGCCGAGCCCGGGAGGACGAGCCGGGCCCCGCCGACAAGGAGGAGGCGGCGCCGGCCCCCAAGAAGCGGCGGCUGGCGGGCGGCGAGAGGUACGUGCCGCCGCCGCGGAAGCUGAACGCCGGCGUGAGCUUCGGCGCCGAGCACUUCGCCGAGACCUCGUACUACUUCGAGGGCGGCCUGCGCAAGGUGCGCCCCUACUACUUCGACUUCCGCACCUACUGCAAGGGGCGCUGGGUGGGCCGCAGCCUCCUGCACGUCUUCGGCACCGAGUUCCGAGCGCAGCCCCUCGCCUAUUACCGCGCCGCAGCCCGCGCCGGCCGCCUGCGCCUCAACGAGGAGCCCGUGCGCGACCUGGACAUCGUGCUCAAGAACAACGACUUCCUCAGGAACACGGUGCAUCGGCACGAGCCGCCGGUCACUGCCCAACCCAUCCGCAUCCUGGCGGAGGAUGAGGAGGUGGUGGUGGUGGACAAGCCCUCGUCCCUGCCCGUCCACCCCUGCGGCAGGUUUCGGCACAACACGGUCAUCUUCAUCCUGGGCAAGGAGCACGGCCUGCGGGAGCUGCACACCCUGCACCGCCUGGACCGCAUGACCUCGGGCGUGCUCAUGUUUGCCAAGACCGCGGCCGUGUCCAAGCGCAUCGACGAGCAGGUCCGGCAGAGGCAGCUGGAGAAGGAGUACGUCUGCAGGGUGGUGGGGGAGUUCCCAGAGCACGAGGUGGUCUGUGAAGAGCCCAUCCUGGUGGUUUCCUACAAGGUGGGCGUGUGCCGCGUGGAUCCCAAGGGGAAGCCCUGCCAAACCCUCUUCCAGAGGCUCAGCUACAACGGCAGCAGCAGCGUGGUGAGGUGCCUGCCGCGCACGGGCCGCACGCACCAGAUCCGCGUGCACCUGCAGUUCCUGGGGCACCCCAUUGUCAACGAUCCCAUCUACAACAUGGAGGCCUGGGGCCCGGACAGGGGCAAGGGCGGGAAGAUCGGGAAGACGGAUGAGGAACUGCUGAAGGCGCUGGUAGAGGAGCAUCGUUCCAAACAGAGCCUGGAGGUCUUGGGUAUCGGGGAGGAGGACUUGAACUCCAGCGGUGAAAGUAAAGACUGUGGGAAUUCAGGUGACUGCACAAAGUCUGCGGAGGCUGAGCCUAUAAAUGGGAGUUCCUGCCCUGCUGAGGAUGAGCAGGAUCCCGUGAGGAAUGACGUAGCAGCUUGUCCGCUGAACUCUGAUAUCAACCUGGAAACACUUGAUAAAGACAAAGAGCUCAGUUUCUGUAGGAAUCGGGAUGGGCAAACGGGGGAGAAGGGUUGGGAAGAGAAGGACCCUUUGUGUGUGGAGUGCAGGAUGAGCAGACGGGACCCAUCUCCCAAGGAGCUGGUGAUGUUCCUGCACGCCCUGCGCUACAAGGGCACAGACUUUGAGUACUGCUCCAGCAUGCCCGAGUGGGCCAUGGAGGACUGGGAGGAGUGACCAGGAUACCUGGCACCUGCGGACACUGCUGGCCAGGACAGCGGCGUGCAGAGACCAAAGAUUGACUUUUCAUUGUGGUUGAGGUGAACAAAGUGUGCCUUGAGCUGGGGUGGGAGGGAUCAGUGGGGCUGGAGAACUGUCCCGCUUCCCACAGGUGCUGUGAAAAAUGAGCAGGGAAACAAGGCUAAAACAGGAGUUUUAUGUUGCCCUUCAGUGAACUGGCACUUGAGGGCAACAAGGACUGAACUCUGCUUGGCACAGGCAGCUUUGCCUUCACCUCAAUGGAUUCUGGAUCAAUUAUCCACAUGGAUAAUGAAGUGUAUGCACUAAAAGUCAAAAACUGAUUUUUCUUCCAGCCUGCUGUGUUCCUAUGUCUUAAAAUAAGAGCUGCUGGAUGUCAUGUCAUAAAAAAACCUGUUUUUAUUGCA